UGUUGGGUCAAUGCUUCUUAAGAAGUUGCCGAAAGAUUUCAGAGAGACUUCUGCUUAGGCUGCUCCUGAGGAAAUCGCAUCUUUUUCUCCGGUCGUUAUCUCCCGGUUCGACGGCAUCAUCUGAACCCUAAGCCGAUCAUCAAUUUGACGGGGGAUCUGAGCAUGUCGAAAUCUCUACCAUAUUCUGUGAAAGAUGUUCAUUACGACAAUGCCAAGUUCAGACAUCGAUCUCCUUUGAAGGUUCUUUCUCAAAGCUUGCUUACUCUAAACACAAAACGGAACUACGCAAGCUGUAGCACCGGGAAGUUCCUUAUAUUAAUAUUGUUCUUCGGAUUAGCAUGUCUAAUGCUGAUGAGUAGGAGUCCAAAUGAUUCUUCCACUAAUGAAAAAGGAAAGGUCACUUUUGUGGGGGGCCUUAGGCUAGGAAGACUUUUGAGAAAACCGCCUAGGCUUCCACCUCGAUUAUCACCUGACGAAGGACUAUUAAGAAGUAGCUCCACUAACGCCUCAAACUCUGACCCAAAAUGGGCAGCAAGACAGCAAAGUGUGAAGGAAGCUUUUGACUAUGCAUGGUCUGGCUAUAGAAAGUUUUCCAUGGGUUAUGACGAGCUGAUGCCUAUUAGCCAGAGAGGCGUGGAUGGGUUAGGAGGACUAGGUGCCACUGUGGUGGAUGCUCUUGAUACAGCCAUGAUAAUGGGGCUUGAUAAUAUCGUCUCUGAAGCAGGAUCAUGGGUCGAGGCUCAUCUCUUGGAGAGAAUCAGUCAAAAGGGUCAAGUUAAUUUGUUUGAAACUACAAUACGUGUUUUGGGUGGGCUUCUUAGUGCAUACCAUCUGAGUGGAGGAGAGCAGGGUACAAUGAACAUGACCCAUAGUGGACCAAAUCCAGCUGUCUAUCUAAAUGUUGCCAAGGAUUUGGCUGACCGUUUACUUUCAGCUUUCAAAUCGAGCCCUACUUCAGUUCCCUUUAGUGAUGUCAUAUUGCGUGACUCAAUCGCUCAUCCAGCUCCAGGAGGAAUGAGCAGUACAGCAGAAGUUGCCUCUGUACAGCUUGAAUUUAAUUACCUCAGUGCUAUCUCUGGUGAUCCAAAGUAUAGUACAGAGGCCAUGAAGGUCUUAGCUCAUAUAAAAACUCUUCCAAAGACAGAAGGUCUUGUUCCAAUCUACAUCAGCCCUGAUUCAGGUGAAUUUGUUGGUGAGAACAUCAGGUUGGGAUCCCGUGGUGAUAGCUACUACGAGUAUUUAAUUAAGGUGUGGCUUCAGCAAGGAGCCAAGUUUAACAGUGAUUUCACAUAUUUGCAUGAUAUGUACAUUGAGGCUAUGAAAGGAGUCAGGCAUUUGCUUGUGCGCAAAUCAAUUCCAAAUGGUCUGGUCUUUGUAGGGGAGUUACCUUACGGGCCUAAGGGAGAGUUCAGUCCGAAAAUGGAUCAUCUGGUGUGCUUCUUGCCUGGUACACUUGCUCUUGGUGCUACCAAGGGACUCACGAAGGAGAAGGCCCUGAAGGAAAAUCUUUUGUCAUUUGAGGAUCUGGAAAAUUUGAAGCUUGCAGAAGAUUUAGCGAAAGCAUGCUUUGAGAUGUAUGAAGUAACUGCCACUGGCCUUGCUCCAGAAAUUGCUUACUUUCACACAGAGGAAUACUCUGAGGAUGGUCUUGAAGGUGGGAAUAAGAGUUCUAUGUAUGCAAAGGACAUAAUCAUAAAGCACGCUGAUCGACAUAAUCUACUUCGCCCUGAAACUGUUGAAUCACUCUUUGUCCUCUUUCGUAUCACAAAAGAUACAAAAUACCGAGAUCAAGGGUGGCAGAUCUUUGAAGCAUUUGAAAAGUACACAAAGGUGAAAACAGGUGGAUACACAUCAUUGGAUGAUGUAACAGAAGUGCCUCCUCAUAGGAGAGAUAAGAUGGAGACAUUCUUCCUUGGUGAAACAUUGAAGUACUUAUACUUGCUCUUUGGAGAUGACUCGGUGAUACCUUUGGAUAAGUUUGUUUUCAACACUGAAGCUCAUCCAUUGCCAAUAAGAACCACCUGAAAAAGGUUACUUUUGAAGACAGCUCCAGAAAAUACAUACACCAUACAGAGAUACACAACUUGAAAAGAAUGUUUGGAGAAAAGUUAUGUAUAGUAACAGUACCAAAUUGGAGAAGAGGUUAGUUCGUUGAGAGAGAAAAAAAAAACACAUAACUUUUCCGAUGUAAGAUAAGUUUCAGCAUCCAAAUCAUAGAUUCAAUUUAUGAUUUGUAGAUCCUGUUUCUUUUAUAAUAGUAGGUUUUGUUGCGAAUAUCAAUCUUUUUGCUUAAGCUUACUCUUCGUAACAUGUAAUCAGACACCAUGGAGAUUAAUUAUGUUUCAA